AAUAAUUUAACAGUCCACCACUUUCACCCUAUAACCAUUCUCUUCUCUUCACAAAAAAGAAAAGAAAAGAAAAGAAAAUUUCCAUGGAGAGUAGUUGUAAUAGAGAAGAAUCAAGUGCCACAUUUUCAAGAAAAGAUAAGAAUGUGUGUAAAAGGCAAAAGAGAAGGAGAGAAAGUGGCUAUAUUGUUAAAAAUAAUGAAGAAGAAGAAGAAGAAGUGGAAGAGAAGAUUUUGGCAUUGCAAAAGAUAGUACCAGGAGGUGAAACACUUGGAGUUGAUAGGUUAUUUGAAGAAACUGCUGGAUAUAUUUUGCAAUUGCAAUGUCAACUUAAAGCACUCAAAGUACUUGCCAACUUUGUUGAAGGAAAUGACAAACAAAGGAUGAAACUUGGAGGUUAAAAUUGUCUCUCUCUUUUUUUUUGGGUACAUUUUGGUUAGUAAUCAAAGAUCAACUUUAGUUUUUUUUUUAAUUGUUUUGUUUUGUUUUGGAGCUAAGGAGAAGGGCAAUUAAAAACUUUGCACCUUUAUUCAAUUGUUUGGUUAUCUUAAUUUGUCCUUUUUUUUUGGUUAGGGUUGGGGGUGGGGGUAGAGAGAUCUUAGAGAUUUCAAAUAGGAAUUAAUUUUCUUUUAAUUAAAUUUAUCAUAAUAUUGUGUUACUUUGGAGGAAUAACUAAUAGGAUAUGUACUAUGGAGAUUUGGGAAUUAUUUAGUAAAUGAAGAUAUAUAUAAUCAAUUGUCAUGGUGAUAGGUGGAAAGAGAUCUUGAAUUUGAGCUCG